UAGUUUUUCUAUCUCUCUCUUUGAGAUCCUGCAUUCUGACGGAGGGAGCUGCUGGUUUUGCGUCAUUUUCGAGCCAAUAGUUGUUUGCCUGUAAAACAUUUGGGUAGCAAAGCGGGCGGUGACUGUCCUUCUCGGACCCGGAGCUCGAUUGUAGCUUGAUUGUGACGAUGGUUUGCGGCGGCUUCACCUGUUCCAAGAACGCGCUGUGUGUCCUGAACCUGCUGUACAUCCUGGUGAGCCUGUUGCUGAUUGGAAUUGCAGCAUGGGGCAAAACCUUUGGACUCGUUACCAGCUUCUCUGUUGUCGCAGGAGUAAUUGGAGUGGGAAUCUUCCUUUUCUUCAUUGCUUUGAUUGGAUUAUUGGGAGCCAUGAAGCAUCACCAAGUGUUACUAUUUUUCUAUAUGAUCAUUUUGUUCUUGGUAUUUGUAGUCCAGUUCUCGAUCUCCUGUGCAAGUCUCGCCCUUAAUGAGAAUCAACAGAAUCAUUUUCUGGAAGUGGGAUGGAACAAAUCUGUGGAAACCAGAGGGGAUGUGGAAGGAUACUUAAACUGCUGUGGCUUCAGUGAAGUGAACCUAAAUGAAACCUGCAAAGCUCAAUGUGUUGCUACUAAAGACUGUCAACCAUGUGGAUCGAUCCUAAAAACCUAUGCUGGCGAAGUACUGAGAUUUGUUGGUGGCACAGGUCUUUUCUUCAGUUUCACCGAGAUCCUGGGAGUAUGGUUAACACACAGAUACAGGAAUCAGAAAGAUCCACGAGCAAAUCCCAGUGCUUUCCUGUAGGAGAAACUCUCAGAAAUGUCACAUCACUGGAACACUGCACUACUGAAGCCUCCUGUAUAUUUUUUGUUGUUGUUGAGACUUUCUAUAUCUAAAACUCCACCUGCUUGCAAGACAUGUCUUUCACCUGGGAUAAGGGUUAUCAUUCAGUUAUUGCUUUCUGUUGUUAUGAAACUGAGAACUAAACUUAGUUGAUCCCUUAAAGUAUUCAAAGUUGUGAGGAAUGCACUGCUGAUUACUGUUGCCUGUAACCUAAUGCUUGUCACAGGCAUUGGUCAGCACAAGAGGUUUCUGUGACAAUUGUCCUUUCAAAGCUGCCUGCUUGUGCAUUCUUAGAAAAGCACUAUACUGAUGACAUAGAAAAUUAACUCCAAAGGAAAUGAGGCAUUGGCUUACGACAUUAUUUGACACCCCAACCCCUAAAGUAUUGCAGUGUCUAAUGAUAUAAUUCUACUUUUUAAUUUUUCCAUUUUCCACAAAAGCAUGUUAGCUAAGAUUAAGGAUAUUUUGUUUGAUUGGGAGAUAAUCACAGUUAAUGUUGAGCAAGUUAAGAUAUAAAUAAACAGGAGUAUUAAUGCAAUUUUCCUUUUAUGCAACAGCUUGGUGGAGCAGUUCAUUAUUGUAAAAUUUUCAAGUUGUAUUUGAUGGGUUUUUCAGAAGACAUCUCCAGAUUUGCAUUCUGUCCUGGGCAAAAAUCGAGAAAUUUGAGGAGUUUUUACACAUGGAUCUCUUGAUCCACUAGCAAUACUAGCCUGAAGAAAUGCAUUUCUAGCUGCUUAAAGACCUUUUAAGUUCAAAAGCAUUUGCAGGAUUUUGUAUGUGUGAAAAGCUGAUUUCCUUGAUAGUAGUCAGAAAUGGUUGAUUUAUUUCCCUAGCUUAUUUGGAAAUGCUUGUAGCCAGCCAGUGUGAUUUCUAAUGUGAAGUUUUGUUGUAGCACCACACUGCCCUGAUGAUUACUGAUAGAUUUAAUGUACUGUGAUUAUUUUUUCUGAGGUUUGGUAAUACUUUAAUCUAUUAAUACUUAUUUUAAUGGGCGUUUGAUUUAAAAAAAAAACUUAUGUUUUGCUUCAAGUGCACAUAGUAAAGUUGAUUUGUUAGAAAUGUGGCAAUUUUGGAAACAAAUCGUGUAAGAUUGUUUGCAACACAUUUGUUUUUCUCUGCAAAUGAUUGAGAAACUCCUUUUAUUCGGUUAUUUAAAAUAUUGAUUAUUGUGCAACUGUGUGCAAUUUUGUUCAUGGCAUAACUGUAUUCAGAAUUACAAGUAUAUUUGACAGCUUGGUAUCUUGGUAUGUUUGUGUAUAUUGGCCAAAGCAUUGAUUGUUCAUUACACAACAUUGGAGGGAAACAGCAGUGAUUUAACAUGUCUUGUGGGAAAAAUGCUAAUGUGGAGAAUAUUACUACUGUAUUUAUGAGAUUUGUAAAAUUUAAGAGACCAUGGGUAAAUUGUGGACUCCAACCAUUAAAGUUUCACUUAUGUGGGUGGAUGAUUUUUUUUAUUUUCUUUGUGUGUUUAACUGGAGCUUAUUCCUAUACUUGCUUGUUAGGACUUGAACCAAAAUAAUGAACACAUGAUUUUGUUUUUGCUUUCUGUUUAAUGUGGCUAAUUCCUUUUUAAAAUUUUUUUAAUAAUUAGCUGUGGAAGUGACAUUUUAAAUGGAUGAAUAGAUAAUAAAUGUAUAUCUAAAAGCUG